GCCAUAACAAGUGAGGGUCGGAGGUAAACACAGGCCACCACCACCACAACACUCUACCAUGACCACCGUAUUUACCCCCGCCACCCUCCUGGUCACUGGCUAGUGCCACCUGCCUCACCACCACCUGCCAACUCUGGCCCCAGACAUCACUCGAUACCAAAUGGUUAAAUUUGUGAGAGGAUGCUGCGCAUAGAGUCAUACAUCACACCCAUUAUCCUCAGUUAUGUGGAUAAAUACAUCAAAAAUCUCAAACCGGAGGAUUCUCAGGUAUCAUUGUGGGGAGGGGAUGCUGUUUUCAACAACUUAGAUUUACGCCUUGAUGUGCUCGAGCAAGAACUACGACUUCCCUUUUCUUUUGUUAACGGCCAUAUACACGAGUUGAGGAUUCAUGUUCCAUGGACCAAGCUCACAUCAGAACCAAUUGUCAUUACCAUUAACACUAUUGAAUGUAUCCUCAAAUUAAAGGGAGGAGAAGCAGCCAGCUCUGAUUCAUCCAGCCAAAGUGGAGCUGGACCAAAAUCGGCAGACAUAAGACGCAGGCAAAGAAGGCAAGAUCUGGAAGUUCCAACCAGUUAUGUCCAGGGUCUUAUCAACAGAAUAAUAAACAAUGUUUGCAUUAUUUGCAACAAUGUUAUCUUGAAAUAUGUUGAAGAUGACAUCGUUUUAUCAAUCAACGUUAAGACUCUGGAGUUUCGAUCUGUUGAUGGUAACUGGACUCCAGCAUUUAUAGAUUUAACAGCAGAAGAUCUCAUACUGCGCAACCUUGCAACCUUAACUGACUUAACAGUUUGCUUAGACAAAAGGAAUGCAUCGGGCAAGAUAGAAAACUACCAGGAACCAUUGAUGUACCGAUGUUCACUGUCAUGCAGGGUUGUUCGUCGGUUUGAAACCGUCAACUCCAUCCAGCCACUGUGCACUCGCUAUGAUGUAUUCUGCCCACAGCUUCACUUCAGCCUUUCAGAUAUGCAGCUACCCAUGUUUUUAAGACUUUUACAACUAGCUCUGGCUCUUUACUAUGGAGAUCUUGUAUCCACUGAUACAGAACAACACAUAGGAGUACCUACUGGGAAAGAUGGAGACAGUGGUCUUACUGAAGAUUUUUCAUUAGAGGAAGGUUCUUGGUCAUCAUGGGCAUGGUCCCUAGGGUCAGCUCUCCUUCCAGUUUACUGGGAGGAUGAAGAAAAUGCCGUCUCUGCCCACAGACACAGGCUUAAUAAAACACUGCAUAUGGGCCUUUAUGUGGAAACUGCCACUUGGACUUUCAAGUUAACAGAAUCGGUGCAAGACAGCGGGUAUUUUGGCCCAACCAAAAUGCGAUUCACCCCAUUCAUGCGAGUAGAGCACCAGGGAAGUUUUGUGACUGUUGUUAUUCGAGGCCUUGAAGCGGUCAACGUGCAGCUCGGCAUAUCGUCUCUUAUUGUAGACCCAGUGGGGCACUGCAUAUGUGGAAUUGCAGAUAUACAAGAGGGCAACGUUUCAGCUGGCCAAGACCAAAGCAUGGCAGUGAAAGUAAUGUCAUUCCUUAGUAUUGGACAGGAGGGCCAGGAGUACCUCUCCCAGUCAUUGUUUGAUCCUCAAGUUCUGAUGGAAGCUCAGGAGCUCUGGGAGUACUCGUAUUCCUGGGACAAACAUUUAAAAGAUACCACAGAGGCAAAUAUGUUAGCAAGAACAGGAGCAGUGGCAAUGGACUACUUUUACUUCAUGGAUCUUCCAACAGAUAUAAACAGUGAAAAACUUUCAGAAAUCAGCACUGAUUUGGAAUAUAGCAAUAUGAGUGAACGUGCAUUGUGCCGCAUAGCAUUUGGGGCGUCCGAGACAAACUUGUCCUCUGGGUUUUACCAUAGAGUUGAAGCUGUAAUAUAUGCUCUUUGUCAGCAUGAUUAUCCCCCAUACUUCACUCCAUCUAAUUAUGAUCCCCCAGCAAAUCUAAUGAGUCCUACUGAGGAUGAAAUUGGUGCACUUGAAGCCAACACUCCCAUUCGCUCUUACAUUUUCACGGUGAUGGAGCCCACGGUAGUGCUGCACGCUGCCCAGCAUGCUCACAUUAACAUGAAAACCAUCUUCAGUGCUAAACGUAGAAAGAAAAAUCAGAAAGCAAGUGCUGAGCUGUGUAUGGCGCGGGUCCUGCCAGUUCCCAGUGUGCGGGUGAAGCUGUCCCGUUUAGAUGUGGAGUGGACAAAGCCCAUGUAUGCUAAAAGACUAGUAUCUGCAGCAUGCAUGCUACGCCCACCCUCUCCAGCUAUGCUACAUAACUGCCAUUCACAUUUAACAUUCACUGCCCACAAUUUGUGCUUUGGUUUACAGUACCAGAGCAAUGUAGUGGCCCUUCUACAGGGCUUCUCACCUUCGCUCUACUGUAAGAGUCUUCUGCUGCCCUUGUACUGGGCAUCACCACAUCAACCUAGAGAUGAAUACUUCUUCCAAGCUGAUUCUGUUGGUGCAGAAAUCAGUGCCCCUCAACUGCAGCUGUUGUAUUGGUUGUUGUCAUCAUGGUGUGAGCCAUAUCCACAGCCAGAGCAGCUUCAUCACUAUACCCUGGUUGAUGAUGCCCUUUCUUCUAGGAGAUUGCCAGUAGUAGCAGUGAAGAUUUACCAUGUGGAAGCCAAAUCCUGUGAUACACCAUCUCUGCGCGGGGCCAUGGCAACUGUUGGGAGCAUUACACUGAGCUUACGUAGACCUCAAGGUGAUCUCCUUUGUCUCCUUCUCUCGGGUCCAGAAGAUAAGACAGGUCUAGAGGUCCUGCUUCCAGAGACAUUGUCAGUGUCUGAUAAGUUGAUCAAAGUUGCUCUCCAGUUACCAAAAGAUAAUUGUGAUGAAAGUGUUCCCAGUAUCUUUACUAUUGGCAUGAAAAAAAUUGCAUUUUUAUUUGAUCCUCAGCUCAUUCAGUGGCUUAAAUAUUCCCCAAGAAAGAUUGAUUCAGAUAUUCUGACAGAUUUGGUGUUUUUAAAAAAGAUAUCUGAAGUUCGAGGUAUAGUGAAGUCUCAAAGAAAAGCAUCGGAAAGCGAAUCUGAAGCAACGAAGGUCGAGUCAUCAACCUGUACGCUGUCUGAAGCCAAGACAGGAAGCCGAGGUGGGAUUCACUCAACUCAGGAAUCUGAAGUGGAUCAGUCAAAAUCCUGGAAAGAAAAAUUUGUAGCUUGGUAUCCUAUUCUCAGCAGACUGUUGAUCCAUGUAGACUUGGACACUGCUACUAUCUUCUUUUCUUCAUCCCAGCUGAACAUUGCAUCAGAGUCGGGGCUGGUGAACGCUGUCCACCGUACAUACCUGACCCGAAGUGAGAGAGCAACCCUGGGAGACACACUGGUAUUAUGCCUACCUCAUCUUGUUCUCCAUAAUGCUGCACAGAAGCAAAGUCUUCUGCACAAUGUUCAUGAUGUUCCUGUUAUUUUGCCUGGGGAGAUUUGGGCAACAGAGCGAGAUAAAUUGCCAUGGUCAUUGAAUUUAGGAGGGUUCAGCAUGUACAGUCUACAAGGUAGAGGUCAGCAUGUGAAACUGCCAGUUCUUAAGCCUGUCAACACUACAGCCACUCUAGCCAUCACUACUAAGUACCAGGGUCCAUCUCUCAACCAGCUGGGGUUGGUGAUUCACACGGACAUGUCACCCCUGGACUUCUGCGGCAGUCGCUGUCAAGUUGUCGGUCAUGUUGCAAUAGUAGAGAAUGUACUUGGCCUUGCAUUGCAUUUCAUUAAAACACCAGCUGAGUCUCAGCCAUGUUCAAUGACUUCAACACCGGUGCCUCAGCAGCCAAUACUGGAAGCUUCUUCACAGCCGACCACUCAACCCCCUCAUCACCAGCUCCCAUCACCCCCGCCACCCCCACCACCUCCACCGCCACCGCAACCGACUCAAUCUUAUCUGCAACAAACGACUCCCAAACCCCUGCAUCGUAGUGGUUCAGACCCAAACACUUUGCUAGUGACUGAAGGCGAGGACAUGGAGGAAGAGAGGGUUCAGGUUGUUAGUGAAGCUGAAGCUCAGUCCAGCUCUGGGCCAAUAGUUACUGCUUGGGUUCAGUGGACAGUGGCUCGUGUAUCAGCUUCUCUCUAUGCCAAAGAUGGUAACGAACUAAGAAAAUUGCGGGCAGAGAUGGAAGAUUUGACAGCAGCACUUGACCUCCAUCAAGUCUACUCCAAGGUUAAGCUUAAGGUCACUGCUGUCAGUGUGCUGCACUUUACUAAAAGGAACAACACGUGGAUAGCUGGAGGGCAUGAAGGUGUUGUCAUGACCUGUGGAGACCAACUGACCCAUGACCUGAAGGUGAUAAACCCUCGCAGUGGCACUGUUGAUCCCCAUUACCUUGGUGAGAAAGCUGACAACAGCCAAGCAGAACAACCUAAGGCACACGGAUUUAUCUCGCUCACAUUCACUACUGCAUUAUGCAAGAAUAUUCAUUCCUGCUGGAAAACACUGAUUAAAAAGCAUUUUAAUGAAGAUAGGUCUUUGUCAAUGGAUAAUACAUUUGAUCAUUAUCUCAGUGAAGUGGACAUAAGAAUCCAACCCUUUGACUGUGUUUGUUAUCCAGCAUCAUUACAGAUUUUUGCUACAGUAUAUGAACCAUGGAUGCAACUGCAAGUUCCUAAACAGCUGUUAAGUACAGGCGGAAAGGUUGCAAAAGAACCCAUGGGGAUGGGGAUCAAUAACCAUACAUUACCUUUGGUCUACCUCCACACUGAAAAUAUCCGCCUCCUUUUUCCUGCAAGAGACACCUCCAGUGAGGACACCUCAGUCCACAACAUGUUUCUGGUACAGUUGGACUCAAUUGUAAUUACCCCGCAGGUGGAUAAUCCUCUCUCCCGCAUUAUGAUACGUUCAGAUAUAUUCCACAUGGCAGAACGUGCAAGAAUUUUAGGAGUUCCAGGGUCAGAAGUUGAGGAUCGGCAAUACCAGAUUGACCUCUUAGGCUUCAGUGUUAGUACAGGAUCUUGGUACGAUUUAGUGCGUGUAAAGGGAGGACGUCCCCGCAGUUCUUCUGGUGAACGCCUUCGUGUAAUGGGAGAGAAUCCUGCUCUUGAGUGGAAUAACUAUGACCCUACUCAGGAUAGCAAGAACACAGAUAUUGUACUCCAUCCAUUUAUUGCCAGAUUUGACAGUCGCGUAAUAGCUGCUCCAGCAAUUGUGUAUCGAGGUGGUGUGGAUGAGGAAGGAGUUCCCCGUAACACAUUAGUGGCAGGACACUCGUUGGAGAUCAAUGCCACUUCAGAUAUUGAUCUUCACAUUAGUCUGCCUCAAGUCACUUUGCUACAAGACAUUGUUGAGGAUACUACAAGACUUGUUACUCAGAUGCUUUCAAGUGGGCGACAAGGAAGAAUUGCCUGUACACCCUUAGAUAUACAAGACAGUGGAGUUGAUUGUGAUAUAUCAUCUGUAGAGCUGUCAAAGGGCAUGAUGAGCCAUAAGACAACUGAAACCAGCAGCAGCAGCAGCAGCAGCACCUGGUCCUUUGUGCCUCUGGAAUUACUGGUCACUGGAGGGAAGAUCACUGCCAGCAUCUUUGAUCGAGGCAUCUUGGAAGAUGGACAGAAAUUUAGUGUUAAGGGAUGGCAGCGUAGCAAACUAGAACAGCGAGCCAAAAAGAGGGAACGGGAAUUAGUUGGAGAGGCUGCAUCAACCGAGUCAGAACCAUCUCCCAAGCGCCUACCUCACCACCGUACACGACCUCCAACCAGAGAUGCUGACUCAGAUUGUCAUUCAGAAAAGGAGGUUGAAGAUGGGUAUGAAGGCUCAGAAGAGGGAUCAGUCUGUGAGGGUGGAGGGGUGAAUCUGAGGCAGCCACGAAUUUCACCUUUGUUGUUUGCAGUGGUUUCACAGCCCCACGCAUUCCUAUCUUGUCAACCACUCAAACAGAAGCUGGAUAUCUCUUGUUUCAACUUCAUCCUUCGUAGUGUUCUUAAGGGUUUCUCUGUUAAGGCAACUGAGGCAAAACAGCUGCCUUGUCCAGAAGAUUAUACAACUUCUUGGUUAGAAACUAAACCUGGUGAUCCACACCCUAGGACUGGCAUCCCUCCUGCUUUACUACUUGUUUCAGCCACAGAUUUUCUUCAUAAACCAGCUCGAAUAAACAUAGAAGUUGGAAGGCCUGUUCGUCUUUAUUUAAGUGAGAGCCGCUGGCAGCAAGUAGUCCACGUCAUGAAUUGUAUGGCUAAGGUUUUUCCGCCCGUGACAACUAUGUCAGAACAAGAAAGAAUCGGUGCUAAUGAAAACAUAACUAAAGAGGCUUCUUCUCCUGAAUUACUUAGACAGGCAUUGGCAAAUUUUGAUAGUAUAUCUUUUAUUACCAGUCAAGUUGUUGUUAAUUGUGAAGUCUUUAAAACACACAAGGCAAGAAGUGAAGUGCACAGUAGUUUUUCAGGAAUUAAAUUUUGCAUUACCACUUUACGAAAGAGAAUGAGCCAAUUUCAAGAUGCAAGGUCAGAUAUCAUCUCUGAAAUUACUGCUGCUGCAGAAAUUCUGGAUUUCCAACUGAAAACUAUUUAUCAUUCCCAAAAACUUCAGCCUUUCCUUAAACCAUGGACAGUAACAGGUGAAUUUAAAUUAUUGUGGUUGCAGUGGAGUUUGCAUCCAUAUAUUGAAAUUAAGAUUGAUACUGAAAUUGUGACUGUGGAUCUUGGGCCAGAACAUUUAUUUUGCUUCAUAGAUAUAUACAAUCACAUAUCUUCCUUCAUGUAUGAUAAAAUGAAGGAACAAACUACACAUACUUCAUCCAAACCUGAAGAGAAAGAACAUCAUCAUGAUAUCCUGUAUCAGGAUGACCUGCGGGCAGGAAUAUUCCAGUAUAUUAGUCUGGCUAUUGAAGAUCCCAAGCCAUACCAGGUUGUUUUUGACAAAAUGGCAGGAACUAUGGUAUGGUGUUAUCCAGAGCCACGAACACUAACUAGAGUAGACAUUUAUCCUGUUCCCUUUAUUGCUGCAUCAGAAUACAGUACUUCCAUAGAUGCUCAGGACAAAGACCAAGUCUUAUGUGCCCUGCAAUAUUUUGAUUCGCUACGGGAAACUUUUAUAACGUAUCGUCAGUUCCAACUUUCAGAAUCAAAAUUUUGUCAACUUGACUUGCCAAGUUUUUACGAAAAGCAGCACAUUGCUGUGUCCUCCAUGUGGAGAGUCUGUAUUGAUUUUUGUGAAGAUGACAGCAGUUCUGGUGAUGGCCGAAUUGUUGUUUCUCCUGGGGCUUUAGCAGCCUGUAUGAGAGUUGACUCCAUGUUUUCAGUAGAUUUGCUUCCUCGAACACAAGCAGUUGUAACAGUUGGUCAAGCACAAAUAACAUUCUUAAAUCAUCUGUCUCUUACAGGCAAGAAACUGCCGAAAGAGUUAAAAUUUUUCUCACUAGACAGAUUAGCACCAGAGGAGCAACCAUUUCUCACUCUUACUUUGGAAAACUUGUUCCUUCGUAGCUAUGUGUGGUCUUCUGCUGUGCAUGUGCAGAGUGGAGGUGCUUUACGCUUGGAUGUUCUGAGCUACAGUUUUUUGACAAGUAGUUGUCUGCUUGAGCCCACUUUCAUAGAGGCAAGUUUAGUGAGACAAGAUGCUGACGGGCCAGACAAACCAAGCUGUAUUGAUUGUGUAAUGACAGUGAAGCCAAUGUUUAUACAUAUUAAUCAGUCCAUUAUCCACACUUUAAAUGUUGCUUAUGAAAGCUGGCAGCAGGUCUGUGAUACUGUACCAGAGAGUUCAUGUGGUCCUAAUUUAGUGCUUAUCAAAAAAUCUCCUGUAAUUUUUAUGACAAAUUACCUUAUUUGUAAUGAUACAUUAGAAACUAUCAGAUUUGGACAAGUGGGAACUGAUGAAAAUGUACUUUUGACAUCCCGAAGUAUGCACUUGUAUUGCUGGAGAAGCCACAAGCUCUUCCCUCAGCUGCAUGCUUGUGUAGAAGGGGGAAAAUGGAAGUGGUGUGAUCCAUUCACAUUAGAAGCUGAAGGCUCACAGGUACACACAAUCCACCAUGAAAAUCAUCAUUUUCAUUUUAUGGUGAUCAUUGAAACCCUUUCACCUACCCAAAAACUUAUCACCUUCUCUGGCCUUCUCUCCAUUGCAAACUGUCUCAGUGAAGAUCUGGAAUUUCGAGUUAUAGAGAAUGGCAAAGAUAAAGAAUCUCCCAAGCAUAUAUCUACACAUGUGCUUCAUAGCGAGUUUGUGGCUCCAUCUUUUGUUGGAGAAGCCCUUGGUGUUAGAGUGAGAUUACUAGGUAGUCCAUCUGUAUGGUCUGGGGAAAUUCCACUGUCAUAUGAACGCACAAAAGAUUCCAUGCUUGUUAAAAUCCCCUUGAAAGCCAAAGGUGAGAGCAUCAUUGCUUGGUGUCGUGUGCUGCGACAAAGGGUUGGAACAGUUUGGAGAUUGUUAGUGAUAUUCAGCCCCCAGUAUAUGGUAAGAUCACACUUACCAAGACCUCUGAUUCUUCAUAUCAACACCCCAAGCAAUCACAGUUUUCAACAGGUUGUGGUGAAAGGUCGUGGACACACGCACACACUACACUGUGAUGGCUCUGUUGCACAUCAACUAACAUUCCAAUUGAACCCAGAAUUUGAAGUGUCCAGUCCUCCAAUUCCUCUUUCAAGAGGUUUGGUUGAUCAGAUGAGAUUUUCACAGCCUCAAGAGGCAGUGGAUAUCUCACAAUACUUGCAACAGUUAUUUGAUGGUCCUGAAGAUCGCUGGCCCUACGUAGACACAUCAGACUUUAUGGGCGAUGUCCUUUUUGCUGAUCAGCCAAAGAUUGACCUCCAGGUUGGGUUCUCAGGUCUAUAUCCAUAUUGCAACACACUUGUGGUUGACAUCCGACCAUGGGCCCUAAUGGUAAACCAUACCGGGAUAGAUAUUCUACUCCAAGAAGCCGGCUCCUCGAGUAGCUGGUUUGUACCUCCUGGGGCUGUUUUUGCUCCCCCAAAAUUGGAUGGACUUUUCACAAUUGGCUUGGUAGAAAAUGACCAACAUUUCCAUACUACAUCUCUGCAGCUAUCCAAGGAAGACAGGUGGUACAGUCUAAAAUUUGAGGGCCGUAUUCCUCGAGAAGGCGCCACAAAUCUCCGUAUUCCUACUCAAGACAAAGUGUGCUUUAUCACUGUGCUCUCAAGGUAUGAGGAGAAUAUUCAAAUAAUGCACCUUCUUCCAACAUAUUCAAUCACCAACAAUACUCGAGAUGAAUUAACUGUUCGCUCUAUGUAUGUCUAUUCGGGUAAUACCAAGAUCCAGCUUCCUGUAUCAUUACCUGCUUUGGAACUGUCUUCCAAAUCUGGAAGCAGCUACAUGAAGGAAGUCCCACUACUUCUAUGGUACAUUCUAAAAGACCCAGGCUCAUCAAGCUCAGAUGAAGAGUUUUGUUGUAUUCAAAUUGGCCAAAAUGGUUACCAGGCUCACCCAGUUGUUAUAAAGGAUGCCCCUCCAGACCAGCGUAUGACAUUCACCCUGCCAAAUAAUGAUGAUGGGCCUGUUCUCAACAGAUCAUUCUUGGUUACUUCUCACAAGCACUUUGGCCAAAUUAAGAUGGUUGUACAAAUGGAUCCAUCACCACAAAUGCUUAUACACAACUGCACUAGUGCAUUGCUUAUAUUGGGUCAGAGUUCAACCAAGGAAGAGGGCAUAAUGGAAGAAGAGUUGGACAUGUUUGCAGCGAUGCCUUCAGUUCCAGCCAGCAAAGCUGUCCAUUACACAUUCCCGUAUAUUUCACACAGGUUUCCAGAGAUCACAACAAACAAUACAGCAUACCCACGUCUUCAUUUUUCUCAACCAGAUAUUCUUAAUAAUGCUGAGACUGAAGAAGUGUUGUGGAGUCAAGGUGUAGACAUUCAACAGCAUUAUGAUCAGUUUGUUAGUGUGCCAGGCUAUGGAGAUGUGAAGGUGCGGAUAGAACACGUUGCACAUACCACACACGUCUUCAUUGAUCCAGUCAGUCGAGUUGAGGUUUCAGCGAGAGACAUCCGAAGUCGCAUUGCAGCCGAACCGUCAAAGGGCAGAGUGGCUACAUCGACGAAUAAGGGUAGAACUAUAAAGGAAAAAGAAGGCAUGGUAUUGGAGGUAGAAGAUACAGCUGUACUUGAAAACCCUCAGAGCACUGAAGGCUUACCAAUAAAGGAAACAACAUGUGGAAAGAAGGUUUCUGAGGAGGAUGGAUACCUCAUAAAAGUGGCACCACACGAGAAAGAAGUCAAGUCAACCACUGUUAUUUAUUGCACAUUCAUGUGCACACAAGUGGUUUUAGUUUUAAAAGAUGAUGUCAGUGACCAGGAAAAUAUAUCUGAAAUCUUAAGAGUUACUCUGGAUAAUUUUAUUGCAAGUCUGAGACCUAAAAUUGAUUUAUCCGAGAAACUUCGGGCUUUAGAUUAUAGAGUUAAGGAGCGAGUGGAAGUUAUCGUCUUUGUUGGUGAUGCUCAGAUUGAUAACCAGCUCUUUGUGUCUGGUAAAUUUGACUUUCCAGUGAUAUUAAUUAGACAGGAUCCUCAAUUGGCUCCCAAAUUUUCACCAUUGGAUCCCAUAGAGAGAGCUAUACAAAUUUCUCACAAUAAUGCACUAUUUACCAUUUCUGUUGUCAUGGAGCGAUCUCCAACAAAAAUGUGCAUACACUCAGUCCAUAUAAAGCAGAAUCCCAUUACUGUAUAUGCUGAGGAUGCAGUAUUCUACUCUCUUAUGGAAAUUCUUUCUUCUUUUCUACCUGUAUCAAGACACAAAGCCAUUAAAUUUGGGAGAGAGCGAGAGACGAAUGAAGAGGAGGAGGAAAGUUUACCUGUCGUAAUGAGAAUGCCUAAAGCAGUGUUGCUGAAGUCAAAAGCCAUGACUCAUCCUGUCCAAAUGUCUCGCCUAACAAUUGAGCCAAUUGCUCUGUUACUUAGUGUCCAUGCAUCAAUAAAGUUAUAUGUUGCUUUGGACCAGUCUCCACUCAACUUUGGUCAAUUUCAUCGAUCUGAAAUCAUGACGACAAGCUACACGCUCGGGCACAGUCUGACUAUGCAUUAUUUGUCAGGUGCACUCAUCCGAGCUGGGUGGGUAGUGGGAUCCCUUGAUUUACUUGGCAAUCCUGGAGGAUUUGCCAGGACAGUUGGGUCAGGUGUGAGGGAUUUUGUACAAUUUCCAUACGAAGGAAUUCUUCAAGGUCCAUGGGCAUUCAUUGCUGGAGUGACUCAUGGCUCUAUGUCAUUGGUGAAGCAUCUUACUGCAGGUACCGUAGUGUCUUUAACAAACUUGGCUAGUUCAGUGGCUCGCAACAUGGAACGGCUCUCACUGGAUGAAGAUCAUAUUGAACGAAGUGAAGCAGGUCGACGCUACCAGCCAUCUGGUCUUGUACACGGACUUGUACAAGGACUUUCAGCUUUUGGAAUAUCUCUUCUAGGUGCUAUUGGUGGACUCGCACACCAGCCCAUGCAAGCUAUGAUGAAUGAUGGAGUCAGUGCCAGUAGUGUGGUUGGAGGAGUUGGCAAAGGCUUAGUUGGGAUUGUGACGAAGCCAAUAGGUGGAGCUGCAGAUCUUUUGGUUCAUACUGGCCAGGGACUCUUGCAGGGGGCAGGAUGGCACCGAGAACAGGUACCACGAUACCAGCCAUUGGUUGAACCUCAUAACAAGGAAGUGAAUGCUCCCCUUAAGCUAGUGUGGAAGUUAGUAGCAGCGUUACCUCAGGAGUGCCGAGCUGUACUUGCAGCUGUUGAUGCUACUCAUCUUACAGUUGCAGGAUCUUACACACCUGUUACUGUUUUACUCACUCCGCAAGUACUUUUUAUUCUGAGCGUUGAAGAAGAUGCCCAGCAGCACGCUCUCCCUCUGGCUGAAGUCACGUGGCGGGCUCAUCCCUCUGAUCCUACACUUAUUUACAUUGAGAAAGUUCAACCUGAACCUAAACCUCAGAACCCAGAUAUGGAGCCUGUGAGUGGGUGUCCAGAACGUGUUGCUGAUUAUGUACGUAGCACCUGUAGUGAAGGUGUGGAGGCUGUGGGACUAGACUCUACGCCAGGAUCAUCAGAGGAAGGUGAUCAUAUGCCUGGGCAUCUCACCCGCAUCAAGCUCUAUGUUUCUCCUCGCUUAAGACCAGCAUUGUUAUCUGCUAUCAACAUAGCAGCUCGUGCCAGCCAAGGAAGAGGAUUUAUUGUGUGAUAGACAAGAUUUAGUUACAGUACUGUUAAGUAUCUUGCUCUUACUCUCUUGACCAUCCAUGCCAACCAUCCAUAUUGAAGUUCAAAUAUACUUAUUGUAUAAGUAAGCUGUGGCAUGAUAGCCUUUUCAUAGUUCUGUUAUUUAUCCCCGAGUAUUCUUCACGUGAAUACUACUCCACUCAAAUAUCAACAUAUACUUCAGUGAUUUUAAAAUUCUUAACCACCUUUUACACAAGUUGUUGAUAGGAUUCCAUAUACUUUUGAACCUCCAGCUUCAGUUUGCUGGCUGAUUUCAUUGGACUUUAAACAUUUUAUUGCCUAAGGCUUCAGUCACAUUGUUUUCAUUGUCCUUUUUUUUUCAAGCUAUAAUUGCUUUUUCUUUUCUUGUAAGAGGUCAUUAGUGUUCAUUAAGAACAUGCUUGCUUUUAAUCAAUUUCAUAGCCCAGGGAAGUAAGAAUCCAAGUGUACACAUUCUGAGAGACAUAUGUCCUAUUUUUUAUACAAUAUAAAUAAAUGAUUAUAUGUUCUAGCAAGGAAUGGGAGAUGUAAGUAUGGUAUUUUAUAAAUGUUCUACCAACAGUUAACACCAUAUUAUAGUUCAAUUUGCAAAGUUUAAAUCUAUUAGCCAGGUGACUGAAAUAGUUAUAUUAAUUUUUAAUAUUGUAGUACUCAUUUACACUUUUUACCACUUUAAUAUAAUAAAAUAAUGGCUAAUAUUUCAGGCAUUUGUUUAGACAACAAAGGUUUUAAGGGAACCAAACUUGAGCUUCAAAAUAAAGGAAGCAAGGUGGAGUUUGUGUCGAAUCACCUGACUAUUUCUUCUGCAGCAGUUUGAUGAUGCAGUACUAGUACCAAUAUGGGGUUGAAUAUUCACAAAUGUAAACUGUUAUUACUGAACUUCUACAAUGGUUCUGCUUUUUUUUCAGUUGAAUUCUGAUUGUGUAAUUUGUGUUCCUGUAGUUUAUCAUUAUUGUAAAGUUCAGAGAUAACUAUUCACUGCUAAAUUGCUGUGUACAACAAUCAUUUAUGUGCUGGCAGGUAGAACCUUGUCCAGUAUACUCUCUCUCCCAAAGAUGAAUGAACUGUACAUUAAUCAUUACCUUUUCAUAAAGUGCUUGUGACCAAAUUUUUAUGAUAUAAAAUAUAUUUUAAUAAGGAUGUUCUAUGCACUCUGCAGAACUGUGAUAAUGUAUGUGUGAGAACAUUAGCUGCUCCUAGUGCUGCUUUUGAGUAAAAGUUUCAUAUGUGUAACAAUUAAUGUAUAUUAAUGAAUUGGUAUAUUAUUAAAAACUAGGAAAUGGUGGGUGCACAGCUCUUCCUACAUAAGUAUAUGUCAUGUCCAGUUGUAAAGGUUCUUCCCAUUGUUGUAGAUGGAAUGCUAUUUAUUUCUGUGGGUGUGAUAUUACAUGUAUAAAUAUAUGUAGAUGUAUAUACUGUAUGUAAAUAUUAGUUGGCCUGUGAAUGUAUGUGUAAUUACCUAAGUGUAGUUACAGGAUGGGUGUGUGUGUGUGUGUGUGUGUGUGUGUGUGUGUGUUGAUUAGGUGCCCCCUCGUGUGCAAGUGUAAAGGUUUCUUACUUAUUAAUAAAGAGUUCUCCUAUGUCAAUAUACAAAAAUAAAUUCAUACAACAGUUUUGUUAUUUAGAUGGAUGUAAAUUUUCAUUGUUUGUCCGUUUACAUGUACUGUACAUUUGGGAAUGUACUAAUGUAAUAUAAUGACGGGAAUUUCUAUCUGUAUAUGUGUAUGAAAGUAAGUAAAUAUAUUUGUACAUGUUGUACAUUUAUAUGUGUGUGUGUGUUAGUUUACUGUAGUGGUGGAGUUAACCCUUCAACUGCGGUUAUCGUCAAUUGUUGAUUCACAGACUAAUGCAGUUAUCAUCAUAUGAAGAUUAACAAAAUUAUUGUCUGGGUUUUACAUGUAUGAUGCAAAUAUGGAUAUAAUAGGUCUAUGUGGAUGUAAGGAGUUUACCUUGACCCAUGAAAAAAAUCCUGCUACAGUUUCAUGUUACAAAUGCGGUUAUUGUCAUGAAUGUUACUAGGGGAAACAUCAGAGGAUAAAACAUGAAGUGUCAGCAAAGUUGAGCAGCAGGCGCUGACAAGCGUCAGAUGCAGACUUAGUGCCUCCACCCAGUGAAGCGAUAACUAUUCACUUACUUUUGUGUUUUUCUUAUAUUCUGCGCACAAAUUUGUAAUUCUGUAAUGAAAAAUUAUUUGUAGGCAUUUUUUUAAUUAUUUGUUGUGCAUAGGCAGGUAUGACCAUUUCUCCAUAGCUGCUGUCUAAGGGUUCAAUCAUGUUCUCGUGUGUUUGUUUGUAUACUCCAUCAUUAUGUCUUGAUUUGAGUAUAUUGUACUGUACUGUAUAUUGUUUAUUGGAACAUAUGGUAUUUUAGUUUACUUGAAUAUACAAUAUGUUGGUUCAUUUACCUGUGUGUUUUUAUUCACACAACAUUUAUUUAUAUGUUAUAAUAUAUUAUUCAAUAUAUUAUUAUAUAUUGUAAUGUAUGUGGUUGGGGGGGGGGGGGGGAAUCGCUGGGAUGUUACGGUAUAAGGUAGACGGGGGAAUGUAGGUGUUUUCAUGAAUGUGUUCCUCUUCCUGUCUUUCCUUUUCAUUGUUUUAUUUUUGUGUAUUCUUAUGAAGGUGUCAUCACAGCCAAGUGUAUUAUAUAUGCACAAGUAUCAGUGUGUGUCUAAUUAUUGGAGUCUAUGAAAAAGUUCUGAGCCUAACAUGUUUAAGGAUAUGGUUCAAACUAUUUCUUGAGGUUAUCUUGAGAUGAUUUCGGGGCUUUAGUGUCCCCGCGGCCCAGUCCUCGACCAGGCCUCCACCCCCAGGAAGCAGCCCGUGACAGCUGACUAACACCCAGGUACCUAUUUUACU